GAACGACCCGAAGACACCGUCGCUUCAUUCCGGGCCAUGCCAAUCUAAAAAGCCACCAAACAUCGCCGAGCUCCCUCCCUCCAGACCUGGACCAGUCAGCAGCAGCCUGGGCCUGAAGCUUCUAGGUGGCGGGUUCCACCCGGUUCCUUCCGCCGCGGCCGAGACCCAGCAGCGUCCGUCGAAGCUCCUGCCACGCUGCACCUGCCCGCCAGAGGGCGCGCCCGCGUCCGGUCCAGCGCGCCCGCUCUUGCUCUCAGCUCCCUCCUCCUGCUGCUCUGCCCUCCUACUCCACGGGCGCUCACCUGUCUGGGCCGCGGGCCCGGGAGGCGGGGGUACCGGUGGGAGCCGAGCGGAGAAAGAGGGCGGAGCGGCUCUCCGGGCGCGUCAUCGGAGCACCAUGGCGGAGCUCGGAGCUGGCGGCGACAGCCACAGGGGCGGCGACGGCGCGGCGCAGAGUCAAACAGCACCUGACAACUACAAAGUCCAUGAAAAGAAAACUGGUGCCUCCAACCGGUCUCCCACUGCAAUUGCAGGACAAAAUAACAGCCACUCAGGAAACAAACCAGACCUUCCACCUGUGCUCCGGGUUGAUGACAGGCAGCGACUGGCCCGGGAGCGACGUGAGGAGCGAGAAAAACAGCUAGCUGCAAGAGAAACAGUAUGGUUGGAAAGAGAAGAACGAGCCAGGCAGCACUAUGAAAAGCACCUAGAAGAGAGAAAGAAGAAGUUGGAAGAGCACCGGCUGAAGGAGGAGCGGAGGAGGGCUGCCGUAGAGGAGAAGCGAAGGCAGAGACUAGAGGAGGACAAAGAACGCCAUGAAGCUGUUGUUCGGCGUACAAUGGAAAGGAGCCAGAAGCCAAGACAGAAGCACAACCGAUGGUCAUGGGGAGGCCCUCUCCAUGGGAUCCCCAGCAUCCACAAUACAGAUCCAGACAGGCGAUCAGUUUCCACCAUGAAUCUUUCGAAACAUGUUGAUCCUGUCAUUAGCAAGCGGCUCUCCUCAUCAUCUGCAACUUUGCUAAAUUCACCUGAUAGAGCUCGCCGCCUGCAGCUCAGCCCUUGGGAGAGCAGCGUUGUUAACAGACUGCUGACGCCCACACAUUCGUUCCUGGCCAGAAGUAAAAGUACAGCAGCCUUGUCUGGAGACACAGUUAUCCCCAUUUGUCCUCGUUCAGCAUCUUGCAGCCCCAUCAACAUGCCCUACAAAGCUGCACACUGUAGAAAUUCGAUGGAUCGACCAAAACUCUUUGUAACACCACCCGAAGGCUCUACGCGAAGGAAGACUAUUCAUGGCACAGCGGGCUUUAAAAGAGAGAGAGAAAGAGAAAACAUACCCUUUCAUCUCACAUCUGGCAUUCGAAGGGCUCUGUCUCCAUCUAAUCCCAAAGCAAGAUCACCAGCUUCCUCCCGACUUUGGCUCCCAUCCAAGUCCAUGCCUCAUUUGCCUGGCACACCUAGACCAACAUCCUCCUUGCUUCCUGGAUCAGUCAAAUCUACUGCUCAGAUGCGGCCUCCUUCUCCUGGCAACAUCCGCCCUCUCAAGAGAGAAGUCAGAGUAGACACUGAGAGAAAAGACUCAGACAAGGAACUUCAGAAAAUUGCCAAUGAGCCCUCACUAAAGUGCAGAGCACCUUUAGCAAAGGUAGAAGAAGCCACAGUUGAAGAGGGGACCCCUGUUGAACCAGAGAUGGCCCCUGCUGCUCCAACUACAGCCCCAGCUCCAGUCCCAGCCUCCAGUCCACCCUCCAUCCCAGCCCCCACAUCGAUCCCAAUCCCGUCACCCACUGUGACUGCCAGUGCUCCUCCUAAGACUUCUGCAGGUACCACUGACCCAGAAGAGGCCACGAGACUACUUGCUGAAAAGAGACGGCUGGCCCGAGAGCAGAGAGAAAAGGAAGAAAGGGAGAAGAAAGAGAAGGAAGAGUUGGAAAGACAAAAGAGAGAAGAAUUAGCCCAAAAGGUGGCUGAAGAAAGAUCUCGCAGGGAAGAGGAGUCCAAGUGGCUAGAAGCUGAGCAGGCCCAAGAGAAAGAAGCACAGCUGUUACGUCAAGCAGAAGAGCAGGAACGUCGGGAGCAGGAGGAGAUGGGACGCAUUCAGAAACAGAAAGAAGAAGACGCUCGUGUUCGUGAAGAAGCAGAGAGGGCCCGGCAGGAACGAGAAAAACAUUUUCAGAGGGAAGAACAGGAACGUUUGGAGAGAAAGAAGCGACUUGAAGAGAUUAUGAAAAGAACCAGAAGAACUGAAGCUAUGGAUAAGAAAACUGUUGAUCAGAGAAAUGGAGACAUAGCCAAGGGAGUUCCCACCGGAGGAACAGCAGUAUCUGCACUUCCAAGUGUGACAAAUUCUCCAGGAAGUGGAGAACCAGAAGCCUGCCCACAUAUACUUACCUUAGACCAAUCAAAAGUAAUUGUGGAGAGUAAUCCCAAUUUAGAAAAAGAACCAAAUGAAAAUGGAGUAUCUGUUCAGAAUGAAAAUUUUGAAGAGAUUAUAAAUUUACCUAUUGGAUCUAAACCAUCAAGAUUAGAUGUUACCAACAGUGAGAGCCCAGAAAUUCCUUUGAAUCCAAUUUUGGCCUUUGAAGAAGAAGGAACAGUUGGACCCCUGACUCAGGUAGAUGGUGUUCAAACACAACAGACAGCAGAAGUUAUAUGAACCUUUCUCCUGAAGAACCAAAGCAGAAGCUUAAUAAGAACUUCUACAGGAUGGAAUUCCUUCUGUGCUAUAAGGAGCAUUCCCCCCCCUUCAGUUUUCUAAAGAUUUCGUCAUCAUUAUGAAAAGACAUUAUUAAAACCAGCUAAACACAAAAGACUGGAUAACUUUUCUAAUAAUCUUCACCAAUAGAGAAAAAGAAAUGCUCCAUGUUCUUCAGUACUUUAAAAUGGCUUUUUCUGGUUGUGCUCCUUCUUAGCAAAUCAAUAUUUUUCUGCCUUCUCUAAAGAUAAGAUAAUUGUCUGUAAAAGAAAUGGGCUUACUAGGUAUGGUUUUGAUCUUUUGGUGUUUAAAAGGUAACAUGUAAAAUUGUCACAGAAGAAAUUUACCUUUUACAAAUGUAAUACUUGAAAAAUAAAUACCUCUUUGCUCUACAAGCAGGGCGAAUAAGGGAGGUGUUUAAAUUAAGCCUGUUUAAAUAUUAUUGCUAAAAGCUCUGUUUGUAGAGGUAAAUUAUAGUUAGAUGACCAGAUUCUUGUAAAUGCAACUUGUACAUGGACAUCCUGCUAACCCAACUGUCAGAAUUCUUCUUGCAUCUCCUUUUACAAAAGCAUACUUCACAGUUUUAAAAUGUGAAAAAGAAAACAUAUAUUUUCAGAGCAAGAAAAUAACUUACUGUCCUCUUAAGUAAUGUAUUUAUAAAGUUUUUUCAAGUAAACAAAUCAAAUUAGGGUAAUAAGAUAACAUUUCAAAUUGGAUUUAUUAGAUUCAUUCCUUACAUUACCAUGUGAAGAUGAUUCAGGGCUAUUUCUGGAGCCUGUACAUUGCUGCUGUCCCCAAUGAUAGUGGGACUUAAUCUUUGCCUUACCUGAUCACAAAUUCUGUGGGGGGGAAUAAAGAUGUAAUGUUUCUUUAAAUGAAAAAAGAAUUUGGUUUUGCUCGUUUAAGAGCAAUGAAAAAAUAACAGAACAUUGACCGUGUUUGGCACACAGAACACUGUGCAAGAAAGCUUCACUAAUGUCCUCGUUCUGUGUGGCAUCCAUCAGCUUUCAUUUCUUCAUUCCUCACUUUUACUGUGGAGCUUAGCUGUAUAAACUUGCGCUUUCAUUUGGUAAUGUAAAUUCAGUUUUAUUUUAGAGACUACUAACAGCUAAAUAUUGAAGGAGAAGGAAUACAUGCUCUUAUGUGGAAUGUUUUAAAAAACAAAAAAAAGUGAGCACUACCACUAUACUGUGUGGUUUCAUUAAAACAGAGAUUGGUUAAUCUGCUAGAUUCGAUAAGAGACUAUCCAUUUAUUGGACUGCUUCCUUAAAAUCCAGAUAUAGCAUUAUUAGUAGCAGCUGUAAUUUAUUAAAAAUUAAUUUAAGCACUUCCCUAUUCUCAGUUGUCCAUGUAUACAUAGUCAUUAAAAAAAAAUCUUGUUCAGAAAGUUGUUUUAUUUGUUUAAAUCCACCUAGUAUGAACCACCAAAUAAAAUGUAUUUGACAUAGUUUUCA